UCUGGGUUCGACUAAUUUUCUCUCUUAACACCUUUCCUAUUAAUUAAUUAAUAAUUUAUUUAUUUAUUUAUGGCAAACGGACUUCGAUUCAUAAUUCUUCUUAGUUUUAUUCCUUGAUUUCUUGGAUUCGAAUUUGAAUAUCUCAUUCAUUCUGUGAUUUAUCUGGUUUCAAUUUACUUUCACUCGGUUUCUCAAAAUUUAAUGUCAUACUCGAUUGACUAGAUCUACUAAUUAAUUAGAAAUUCUCAAAAAAUCUGAUUCUUUUCAUUCCUGACUAAUGGGUUGUUAUUGUUUGUUUGUAAAAGUUUUGAGCUUUAGAUAGACAUUUAACCCAAAAUUUUCUUUUGUUAGUUCACUAUUGUGAAUAACAUUUUCUGGGUUUCUCAAAGAAGUUUCAAAAUUUGAAUAAAAUAUUCAAAAUUUUCAUUAGUUGUUUGGUGUUUGAGUUUGUGGGGUUCUCUCAGAAUGGUCACAGUUAAUAUUGGAACGCUCCAUAAUGUGUUGGACCACGUUUAUGGUGCAUUUAUGCACAGAACAAAGAUAAGCCCACUAUUUUUCUCUGGAGGAUGGGGUGGCUCAAAGCUUGAAUUGCUGGAGAGAAUGAUCAAACAGCUUUUCCCAGAAGUGGUUGGUCAGAAUUGUCCUCCCACAUUGGUGAAACCUGUUUGGAACACAGUUUGGGAGACCAAGACUGCUUGUUUAAGAGAAGGGGUCUUUAGGACCCCUUGUGAUGAGCAACUCCUAAGUGCAUUGCCUCCUGAGUGCCACAAUGCAAGGGUUGCUUUCCUUACUCCCAAGUUUGUGCCGCCACAGAGGAUGGCCUGCGUGGUUCAUCUUGCAGGCACUGGGGACCAUACCUUUGAACGGAGACUGCGCCUUGGUGGGCCUUUGUUGAAGGAAAACAUUGCAACCAUGGUGCUUGAGAGCCCUUUCUAUGGACAAAGACGCCCUAUGAUGCAGUUUGGUUCAAAACUUUUGUGCGUUAGUGACUUGCUUUUAUUAGGAAGGGCAACCAUUGAAGAGGCCCGUGGACUGUUACAUUGGUUAGACUCUGAAGAAGGGUUUGGCAAGACGGGUGUUUGUGGAUUGAGCAUGGGAGGUGUACAUGCUGCAAUGGUUGGAUCACUUCACCCUACACCUGUUGCAACCCUUCCUUUUUUAUCACCACACUCUGCUGUUGUGGCAUUCUGUGAAGGAAUAUUACAGCAUGCUACUGCAUGGGAGGCACUAAGAGAGGAUCUUGCAGCACAGAAGGCUGCAAUGACUCUUGAGGAGGUGAGAGAACGGAUGCGAAAUGUAUUGUCUCUCACAGAUGUCACACGCUUUCCGAUUCCCAAAAACCCCGAUGCUGUAAUAUUUGUUGCUGCUACUGAUGAUGGGUAUAUUCCAAAACACUCUGUGAUGGAGCUUCAAAAGGCUUGGCCUGGUUCAGAAGUGAGAUGGGUCACUGGUGGGCAUGUCUCAUCCUUCCUUCUACACAAUGGUGAGUUCCGGAGGGCAAUCGUUGAUGGUCUUAACAGAUUAGAAUGGAAAGAGUCUCCAUCAUGAGAGUGGCGUCACCAUAUGAGAAGAUACUGCAUUUAUUCUCUUGCUGAGUCACGGAGGAGUGAGUACCCGUCAGAAUCGUCAUGGGUUGAGGACCAGGAGAGUUCCAAAGGGAAAGGGAAUGUCGUGGCUUUGGUCGCCGUCGCCGAGGAAGAGGAAGCUCUGAUUGGCGCGCUGGAUUUUCAGGCCGUCGAAGCCGGCCAAGGAAGUAUUGGCUUCUGAGAUUACCGUCGCAUUUCCGAAUCUUUACGUGUCAGAGGGAGCGAUUUUGCUGAUGAAGGGAAUAACGGAACUCUUGAAGUGGAAAGAGAUCUCCAUGUAGAAAUCGCGCAUACGGCGGAGCACGGAAUGGAAUUGGAGUUUUGGGGUUUAUUUGGGCUGAAGGAAGAAAAUUUUACUUGUGGGUUUGGAAUGAAAUUGGAGUUUGUUUGUGUGAAAAGAGAGGAAUUGAGUGUUUGUUUGAGUUGUGGGUUUAUUUGAUUUUAUUGGAGUUUGUUUGA